AUGCCACAAUUGCCUUCAGUGUUUGAGUUGAUAAACGAUCCUCUUCAUAACAAGCAGGAUAAGACGCCGCCGACGCCCCUACCCAGGAUAUCGUCGUCGAGCUCGUUAUCAAAUCCAUUGGAUAACACAUCACCUCCUCUUGUGAAGCCUCGGAAUGCUAACAGGCUUUCUGACUCCAAUAUCGAUUAUUUCAACUACUACAGCCCACAUCGGCAGUCGAUUUCGUCCUCGAUCGACUCAGUAUCCCGCAAGUCAUCCACCAACACAUCUAACAUCCCCACGUCCAUAUACCGCCACGACAGCAUAGGACACCGUCACGAAAGCAUAGGGCAUCUCCAACAUACGUCAAGACAGAAUAGCGUGAGUCAGGGGGCAAGCGACACUCAGGGAGGGGCCAUGGGAGGACCCAAGAUGGCGAAUGUCCCAUCGAUAAACUCGAUGUCGGCGAUAACACCGGUCCAGGUAUCUCCCCUGACGUAUACGGGACCCCAGGUAGGUGGCUCUGGAGCUAACCAGAGCGUUCUGGGGCCUAUGGGUGGGCCUACCAACGAGCACUUUCUUUCGAACAGGUCUGCCAGUCUUCCACAUGCACCGGUCGUUUAUCACGGCCUGGAUUACUACGGUAGUGUUCAGGGGACCAGCCAAUCGGGCAGGCUGAUGUUUUAUGCUCCUGGGCAACAUAGUCAAAGUACCAGUCCACCUAAAGGCCCCCUUUCUUAUCCAACACACAAUGCGCCUACAGGACAUCACAAUACCACCCAGUCUGAAGGGUAUGCGAAUCAACAGAUAAAUUUCACACAUCCUAUGUACGGACAAAGUCAGUCAGGUCCUGUUGGUGGCCCGGGAGGGCCCCAAUUCGGGCCAGUCGGCGUAUAA